AUGCCGUCACUAAUUGUCCAUUGUUGCACGUGGAACGUCGGUGAUGAAAAACCAGGAAGCGAAGACCUCUCUACCCUUCUUGGAGUUAACGCAAAACCAUCACCCGACGUAAUAAGCGUUGCACUUCAAGAAGUCUGUGGAGAUGACGCAUGGAGACAAAAGCUCCUGGAACACUUGUAUCCUCAUGGUUAUGUGCUGAUCAAGUCACGUAAUUGUUGGGCCAUUUGGAUUUUUUCGUUUCUGAAGAGAAACCUCUUGCCUGCAGUCACAAAUAUUGAGUCCGAGGUAACAGCCUCAGGAUAUGCUGGUGUCAUGGGGAAUAAGGGCGGGGUUAGUGCGAGGUUUGAACUUUGUGGGAUAAACAUGAUCUUUCUUUCGUGUCAUUUUACUGCCCACAGAGAAAACAAGCAAGAUCGGUUAAAUGAUUAUAUCGAUAUUAUAGAUCAUCAGAGUUUUAGGGAUGAAGAUGUCAAUGUCAUUAUUGAUCAUGAUUAUGUUUUCUGGAUGGGUGAUUUAAAUUUUCGUAUCGAUCACCUCAAAAAAUCUGAAGUGGAGUUAAUGGUCAAAGAAAAACGUUUUAACGAACUUCUACAGCAUGAUCAACUUCUUAAUAUGAAAAAUGAAAAAUUGUUAUUUCAUGAUUUUAAUGAAGGCACUAUAUCCUUCCCCCCAACUUUCAAAUUUGACAAAGGAACGGAUACAUACGACAGUAGUAAAAAGCAGCGCGUUCCUGCGUGGACAGACCGUAUAUUGUAUAUGGUUCACCGAGAUUUCGCUCUUGAUCACCACCUUAACCUCCCUGAAAGUGACCGACAGAGACCAGCUAGCCCAUCCCGUCGAUUACCUGUACGUGGGUCACCAUCCGAAGUGGAAGAAAAGUUCCCAGCAAACAAAUCUAUCAAAGGGAGACAACACCCUGAGGCCGUUUUACUCAAAUGGUUUAGCUUACCUGUCAAAUUUAUUGAGCCUGAUGGCAAAGCAUAUUCAUUCAAUGCCAAUUUGGAAAUAUCGUACCAAGUUCUUGAUCCACCCGGCCUAUUAAGGCUUUCAGAAACAAAUUCAUUACUUUCAUCCAAACAAUAUGUUCCAGUAUCUGAUUUUGCCAAACUACUAUUAUUGAAUACACUAGGACACUCUUCAAAAUCGGGAAAAUCAGAAAGCACAAAUGAUGAUGAUUUAAGCCCACUGGCUCCACCAACUUUACAAACUACAUCAUUUGACUGGAUAGCCCUUUACCCAGCAGAAUUUGCAGAUCUGGAAAAAGAUUAUAUAACCUACGUUUAUGCAUCAAGUAAUGUAUCUCAAGCGAAGCAUCGAAAAAAUUCUGUUUCUUCCGCUCUAUUGCAGCCUUCAAAUACAGCGAAAUUUCAAGAGUUAUAUAAGGCUAGAAUCGAAUCAAGUCGAUUAAAGGAUUUACCUGGUCAAUCAUUUUGCCUUGUUUAUAUGAGUCGCAAUAAGCACUGUCCUCAGGGUUAUAGUUUACCUUUCAAAUUACAGAAUUAA